AAUGCGUUGCCCAUAUGUUUUUUUGUUUACACUUAUCUCACGUCCAGGAUAUUUUUACCUCCUGCGGUCGCUUUCCACGGUAUAUAAAGACGCAGGAAGAUUCACCAUAGAUGUGCACACCUGCGUUGCACCUUGAAGACACUGAGUCGAUCUAAGCGAGCCAGAAAACCGGUGUCGAUCGAUUUUCCCGCUUUGAUCUCGCGUGAAAGCUGGACUUUCGCAGUGCUAAAUUGUCUUCGUGGCACAACCGUUGAAUCCUUCUAAAUUCUUUUUAAUAAAACACUCAACUUAUUCAAAUUUACAAGACUUAAGUUCUAAGACUUUUUCUAACAAACCAAACUCCAUAAGAAAGAUGAUGAUUCUUCUGCAUCUUCUUUGCAUUUUUCUGACCGUUCAUGCUUCUGCUAAAAUACGAUACGAUGGCUACAAGUUGUUCAACGUCUUCGCACCGGAUAACGAUGGUCUUGAGUUGCUGAAGAAUAUGCAAAGCAGCGAUGGUUUCAACUUCUGGAUUCCACCGAAGAUCAAUGAUAGUGUAAGCGUUAUGAUAUCGCCGGCGAAACUUCAGGAGUUCAUGGAGAUCGCGAAUACCACUAAAUUUGAAGCUGAGUUGAUGAUGGACGACGUGCAAAGGUAUAUCGACGACGAGAAUCCUCGCAGUAAUGUGAGGGGUGGUUUUGACUGGCUGGGAUAUCAUCGACUGGAUGUCAUUUAUCAGUGGAUGGAAUCUCUAGCGACCCAGCACCCCAAAAUCGUGACAUCCAUAACAGGUGGAAGUAGCUACGAAGGUAGAAGUAUCAAAGGUGUUAAACUCUCUUACAAAGAGGGAAAUCCUGGUAUAUUUAUCGAAGGAGGAAUACAUGCCAGAGAAUGGAUAUCACCUGCAGUAGUGACAUACAUUCUGAAUGAAUUAAUAGUCAGCGAUGACACCCGCGUGAGAUAUAUGGCUGAGUCUUACGACUGGUAUAUCUUUCCUGUGUUUAAUCCGGAUGGGUACGAAUAUACACAUACUACGAACCGUCUAUGGCGAAAAACUAGGAGACCAUCUGGAAGAGGAUGCUAUGGUGCUGAUCCGAAUAGAAACUGGAACUUCCAUUGGGCAGAGGGUGGAACCAGCCCGAAUCCCUGCAGCGAGAUAUACCCUGGUCCGAAGCCCUUCUCUGAAACAGAAACAAGAACCAUGUCAAAAUACAUCGACAGCAUUCAUGAUAAAUUAUUCUCCUACAUAGCAUUUCAUAGUUACAGUCAAUUAUUGCUGAUUCCAUACGGUCAUUCAAACAAGAGGAUCAGUAACUAUAAUGAUCUGCUGCAAAUCGGCAACUAUUCCAUAAACGCUCUGUCAAAGAAGUACGGCACUAAAUACAAAGUCGGAAAUAUCGUGGAUGUUAUAUAUAUUGCAGCAGGUGGUUCCAUGGAUUGGGUACGUGGAACUUACAACACUCCUGUAACAUUCACUUAUGAGCUCCGCGACAAAGGAAGAUACGGUUUCAUUUUGCCUGCCAAUCAGAUUAUACCCACUGCAGAGGAAACUCUGAGUUCUUUGGUCGCGAUGUUCCAGGAAGCUGCAAAACGUGGUUACGGAUCUACAACAAGCAGUCAACAAUAA